AAGGUAAGUUCAGGUAAAAACAGAAAAACAACAGAAAAAAUAUAUCAUCGAAACACACAAUGUCCGAUGCCAUGAGCGCACCGCCGCCUCUAAUACCGCAACUUCAAGAAAUGCAACAGCAACAACAACAACAACAGCAGCAGCAACAGUCUGGCAAUCCAGGCAAUGCUGCUGCUGCCGCUGCACAGUGGAAUAAUUAUGCGUGGUAUGCCAAUCAAAAUGCGGCUGCCUAUCAGCAACAAUAUCAACAAUAUUAUCAAUAUUAUAUGCGUUACCAACAACAACAACAACAGCAGCAGCCACAAGUUACAUCCACAAUUAGUUCAUCAAAUGUACCACCAGGAUUUGGUAAUAAUUGUGCGGCCCCACCACCUCCGCCAUUGCCAUCAAUUCCACCGCCACCACCGCCAACUAACAACAACAACAAUAGCAACAAUAAUACAAACAACAACAAUAAUAAUCAGCACAAUAAGCAACAACAACAGCAAAAGAAUUUUGGCGGCAUUAGGUUCAAUUUGAAUUUAAAUCAAAAACGUUUGGCCAAUGCUCCGAAUCCUCUUCAGCAACAGCAGCAACAACAACAGCAGCAUCAGCAACAGCUGCAGCAUCAGCAACAACAAUCAAUGAAUAAUUCAUCCAAUAUGGUUAAUAAUUUUAACAAUAACAACACCAAUAAUAACAAAAAGAAACGUAAACGUAAAAAUAAAAAUCAAAUGCAUGAUCAAACAAUUUUUAAUAAUAAUAAUUAUAACAACAGUCUAACUAAAAAUAUGUUUAAUAUUGAUCAAAACUCAUCAAUCAAUGAAGAUCAAAACCAACAACAACAACAACAACAGCAGCAGCAGUCACCACAUAUGAUAGUAGCAGAUUUAAGUAAACCUCCGCCACCAUUGCCAUCAUCAAUGGCUGGCAUAGAUGUGCCAAAGUUACCACCACCCGCUCCAGUGGUACUACCAGCAGCACCACCGCCACCUAUGAUGGAGUCUAUCAAUGCUUCUAUACCUUCAGCUUCAUCAUUGUCUGAUCCUUCUGCUCUUGCUGCUGCUGAUGCUACUGCUUCACCUGGUCUAGCUUCAUUUAAGCGUCCUAAUAAUUUCCAAAUGGCCACCAAUGAUACUUGGCCAGAUUCUCUUAAUGAAUAUGUGCAACGUUGCUAUUCCAAAUGUAAUACCGAUUUGGAUAAAGAUCAAAUUGAUAUAUGUCUGAAGGGAAAAAUUAUGGCUGCCGCCAAUCGUAAUGAACUAUGGACCAGAGAUUGGGAUAACGAACCCAUGCCAACGGUGCAUAGUGAAAGAGAUGGCAUUGAUGUGGUAUUGAAUCAUACGACCCCUCCACCACCGCAGCGUAGCAACUAUUUUAAUAAGAAGCAGGAACGUGAAAGGGAAGAGCGGGAUCAAAAUCCACAUCAACAGCAGCAGCAGCAACAACAUCAGACGCAGCAGAACCAACAAUACCAUCAAGUCGAACAGAAAUCGGGCAAGCCAAAUGUCAAUCAUUUCAAACAGAAAGUCAAUGCCUUUAACAAAAUGUCCACUAACAACUACGGUUCGUCCGCCCGCUAUUCGCGGAGUCGUUCGCGAUCGCCAUCAACUAGUUCUUCCAAAUACAACAACAGCCGAAAACGUUAUUCACGUUCGCGUUCACCAUAUUCACGUUCGCGAUCUCGUUCUCGUAGCAGCGAUGCAAAUAGUCCGCCUGCACGUAAAAUUUUACGCAAAUCCGUUUCUAACGAGUCCCUCGAUUUUAUACCAAUAAAUGCAAAUAUGUCGCGAAGGCAACAAAAAUUGAUACUGCGAAAAAACCGAAGAGCUGCGGCGGCUGCAGCAGCAGCAGCUGCAUCAUCAUCCACAUCAUCGGCGUCGUCAACAGUUUCGAAUAUGAAAAAUAAAAAACAACAAGCACAUUUCUAUAGCCAACAUUCGAGUAGUGUUGGCGGUGCCGUUGACGAUGACUCAGCGCGUUUGCAACAGCGUGCGGCACGAUUCUCUCAGCAGGGCUCUGGUUCGGCUAAGAAAUCGGUCGUUGCGAUUGCAAGCUCACCGUUUGGUCUCACCACGGCCAAGAAUAAGAAGAAAAUGUUGCAACAGCAGCAAAACCAGCAAUCCUCGUCGUCGCGAUCAUCAUUCUAUGAAGAUGUGGAAGGUUCAGGCGCCGGAGGUUUAGAUUUACUUGAUUUACAUAUUGUAGGCACAUGUAGGGAUCUAGAGAAAUCAUUUUUACGCCUCACCAAGGCACCAUCACCUUCUGAAGUUCGACCCGUUGAGGUGCUGACACAUUCGUUGAGUAAUGUGAAAAAUAAAUGGCGUGCCAAUCAGGAUUAUCAUUACGCGUGUGAUCAGUUGAAGUCCAUACGACAGGAUUUGACUGUCCAAGGUAUACGCGAUCAGUUUACAGUGGAAGUUUAUGAGACGCAUGCCCGCAUUGCCAUGGAGAAGGGUGAUCACGAGGAGUUUAAUCAAUGUCAGACACAAUUGAAGAUGCUUUACCUUGAGAUUGGAGGCAAGAGUAUCAAUUCUUUGGAAUUUACAGCCUAUCGCAUACUUUAUUACAUCUUUACAAAGAAUACCUUGGACAUUACCACUGUUUUGCGUUCGAUAACAACUGAUCAGCGCGAGAAUCCAGCGAUUGCACAUGCCUUACAAUUUCGUUCAGCCUGGUCUUUGGGCAAUUAUUGUAAAUUAUUUGAAUUAUAUAAGACAGCUCCAUUGAUGUCGGGCCAUAUGAUUGAAUGGUUCUUGGAAAGAGAGCGUAAAGCUGCUCUCCGUAUCAUCAUUAAAUCUUAUCGUCCCAAUCUUAGUGUCGAAUAUGUCAGCAAUAUUCUCGCUUUCGAUAGCAUUGAAAAGUGCAAAGAAUGGCUAGAUACAUUCAGUUUGCCCUAUGCUGCAGAUGGUGGCCAAAUUGAUUGCAAGAAUGCCGCUGCUAUUGUCAUUUGAAGAGCUCAAGCACAGAAAUCAUUUUGUUACACUCGGAGAAAUUAUUUCUCUUUUGUUUAGUUUUUCGCCUUGACUUUUUCAAAAAUUUUUAUCCCUCGCGUUUCCAAGUUUGUACAUACGUUUGAGAUCGGAUUUUUCUACAGUUUCUUUUCCUAAUCCCAAUCCAAAUGUCCCCUUUGCCAAUUUCCCUGCCCCCGCCUCAGUCCAAAUUCUAAACAACAAAAAAAAAGACAUAAAAAAAAAAAAAAAAAACAAACAAAAAACAUCAACUUUAAACAACUUUAACCAAAAUCCGGCAAAUGAUCCUAUAAUGAAGAUGCGUAUUAUGAAACUCUACAGUGGCUGCGAUUGCGAGUACAGGACCAGGAUUUAUAGCGAAAUUUUUAUUCAUGUUGAUGGAUGGACACUUCUUCAGUUGUUCUGCUUAGAAAAGUCGAUGGCCGAAAAAUACUAAUGGAUCAUAAUGUUGCAGACAAAGUAUCUUUGGUGAUGCUUUGACUGAUUCCGGAAUAAUUCUAGCUUCGUCUUCGCAAAUCAUAUCUUUUGAUGAAUUACUGAAUGAUCUUCAAGGAGUUGCCUGGGAUUGCAGUUCAGCUUCGCCGAAUGAGUCGGCAUGAGGAUGAAAAAAGCAUUUUCUUAUCGAAGAUGGAAUAUUGGCAUAUGGUCGUGCAAAAGGACUCUGCUUCGAUGAGUAAAACACUCGUAGGCGAAUGUAUCGUUAAUGAAACUGAAUGCAGGAUAUUAGCUAUUCGUCUUAAGUGUUCGUUGCGGCUGGAGUAGUCUCUUUUUGGACUUCGUCGCCAAAAGGAUGAUUCAAAAUCAGGAUCAGGAAUUGUUUUUCAGAUGAUUUUUGUAAUUUAAGCUGCAUCCGUUGCCUUGUUACUAGGAUCCAGCUUUACACUCGUUGAUUGUUUCCAGAAUAAUUGAAGCCUAUCAAAGUCUAUAUAGACAUAUUUUAGGUUUACCAACAAAUGAAGUCUCCCCAACAGUAUCCAUUCAAUAUAUUAUUGAAAUGGAUGAUUUCAGGCAAUUUGUAUGCAUAAACAUUUGUUUAGCAAAUUUUAACUACAAAUUGCCAAGAAAACUUUUUAAGAUUGUGCAAAAAAAAAAGAUCGAGAGCAUGGGAAAAACCGAAAACUAAAGGUGUUAUAUACAAAAAUCGUGUAUAUAAUGUAUCUUGUAUAAUACACCAGAACUAAUUAUCUAAUAUGCAAAGACAAAAAAAAAAAAAAAAAAAAAAACCAAGGAUAACAAUACUAAGCAAUGUAGAACGACUUUUUAAGCCUUCGAAAGGACGAAAAGGUCUAGUUUCGUUCUUCGUAUACCUUUUAUUAUUUUUUUUUUGUGUUUUCUGCUUUGCCCCCAUUUUGAGAGAACAUUUCGAUGUUUUUUAAAAUUAAUUUUUAAGAUUUAGUCUUAAUAACUGUUAUUCGUUUAAAUUGUUUUAAAAAACGUUUAUACUAAUGUCUUAUCUCUCUUGUAUACCGGUAUAUAUAUACGACAACUCAACAACAUCAUCGAUUACCAACCAACCAAUCCUCGAUCAAUCGAACAACCGUUUGUGGAACAGCCGAUGCCAACCAAUCAAGUAAAAAGCAUAAGCAAAUCACUAGCUGGGAGAACGACAUCCAACACCAACACCAUCGCCAUCUAUCAAUUCAUUUGCCAUCUGCCGAGGGCCGGUACAAUCCAAUCAGCACAAGAAGAAAAAAAGUGAAAUCCGGAAGUUUUUGUAAGCUCUUCCAAUUUUAAUAUGUCAUUAGUCAUUAAUUGUAAGAUCAAAGUUGAAAAUAUCCCUCAAUACAAAAUGAAGUGAAAAUCAUUUUAUAAGUAACAAAUUGGCUAUAUUAAUGUACUAUAUAUUAACUUAUAUUUAGUAACUUUUACAUACAAUUUAGGGCUUUUCGUAACGUAUAUAUAUAUAUAAAUAUAUA